AUGAACGAGCGAAUUCCAUUUUGUCAACCUGACAAAUUUUCUGGCGCGAUUCACGAAAGCGUGGAUGCCUUUUUAACUAAGUAUAAGAGAGCUAGCGAUAUAAAUAAUUGGUCACCCGAUCAAAAGAAGUCAUUCUUAGCUAUUUAUUUGACCGAUACUGCUCUAAUAUUUUAUGAAAAUUAUGAAAGGGAGAACCCCUCAGUAAAAUGGUCUGACCUAGAAAACGCCAUGCGUAUUGAAUUUGAACCCACUGCACAAAAUCACAUGCUUAGAAUUAUGCUCUCUAAACGUAAACAACUCCCAGAUGAGUCCAUUGCCUCUUUCAUUAAUGACACUGAAAAAUUAUGUAAGCGCGUAGAUCCUAAAAUGUCACAAUCUGAGUUAGUACAUAAUAUAAUGAAAGGUUUACAUCCAAAAAUAGCUCGAUAUGUCGGUAUAUUAGACAACAAUAGUUUAAAAGAUUUAAAAGCUAAUAUAAGAAAAUACGAAUCCGUUGAAUUUAUGUUACAAGGGGAUACUAUACAAUCGAAAGACGAUAUAAAACAGCGAAUAACUAGCGAAAAUAUUUAUCAAAUCGGUGAGCAAAAUAAAAUGCAACAACAGUUAGAUAAUAUAACUUCACAAAUUUCUAAACUUCAGUUUUUUAUUACAAAAAACAAUAAUGAUAACACCGACAACAGCAAACGUUUAUUUAAUGGCACGCGGCAAGAAUACUAUAAUACGCGUCGAAACAACAACAAUUUACGUUCGGGAAAUAAUUAUUUACGUCCAAUAUUUUAUUCACGCCAAAAUUAUAACGAUACUCGCGCAAAUAAUUAUCAACAAAAUAAUACGCAAUAUGCUAAUAGAAAUUACAAUAAUAAUUAUAGUCCCAGAAAUACAUAUGAGCGAAAGAAUAAUUGUAUAUAUUGUAAUCGCAAUAAUCACAAAUCGGAAAAUUGCAACUUGAUCUGUGAUUUAUGUAAUAAACGAUAUCAUACAAGGGAGAAUUGUUAUCUCAACAAAAAUUCUAACUACCAAAAAAACACGCGCCAAGGUCAAAUGCAAUAAUUGGAGAUUAUAUGCAUUCACCUUCUUCUCCAAUUCCUAAUAAAAGUACUAACACUGACACAAACAACAUUUUUAUAAUUCUAAAUCGCGAUAGAAAAGCUAAUGCAUUAUAUAUUUUAGCUAAAUUAAAUAACGAACCAAUAGAAGUCACAAUAGAUUCAGGUGCAAAUAUAAAUUGUAUAAGACCUGACCUCAUAGAUUCAUCUAAUAUAAAUAAAAAUCACAAUUAUAAAUUAUCCGGUGCAGAUAAAUCACCAUUAAAUUUAUUGGGAACAACCACAAUUAAAUUAGAAAUAGAAAAUAAAUUUUAUCAAAUA